AUGGAGCCUGGAAGGAAACCUCUGAGUCUGCUGGACCUAUGCAUCCGGAGCGCCGUCGACAACCUCAGGACCCUCAACAGCGUCGACAUCGUGCCUGACGAGCUGCUCAAGAGAAUCCUGCCCCACUGCACCUUGGAGCAGCUGAGGCACAUCGAGAGUUGCACACAUGCGGACCUUACCGACGUUACAGAUGUGCUGUGGAAGAGAUUCUUCCAGCGCGAGUUCGGUGAGGAAAAUAUGAACCUUGCCAUCAAGAGAAUGAAGGAGAACAGGGUGCGUUACAAAUGGAAGAAACUCUUUGAGGCAAGAACAGAAAAGCAAAAGCAAGUUGAAGCAAGAAUGUCGGCUGGGCUGAAAAACAAAUAUCAAGCAGCAAACGCUGGAAGUGGAUCCAGCAGCCUAGCCAACUCCAGCUACAAGAGCCCUAUAUUGAAAAAGGCAAGGAUGGAGGUUGACAGUCGGGCGAAAAUGCAAGCUGCUAUCCAAAGGAACACUGUUGCAAGGGGAGCAAACAAUAUCUGCACCAAACAUUUUUUCAAAAUUAGAUUCAAUCAAAUCAUUGAAAUGCAUGAGCUUCGAAAAAUUGUGAUUCUGAUGAGAAAUCCAGUAAUAAUGGCACAUGACGAGUUAACUACUAACAAUUGCCAUCUCGAGCUCUCCUGCCAAUUAAUUCUGCAAGAACAAUUCAGUUCCCCCUUCGUGUUGCCAGCUGAUACUCUGACCUCAGAAGCUUCUGAAUAUUUGAUUUGA